CACCUUCCCCAGCUACGGCACAUCUCUUAGCGGAACUGCCAGGCUAAAUAACAGAGCUAGUUCCUUGUAGAAACAAGUGAACUGACCACCAUAAACAGUGGGAUUUCAUUUAUGUUUAGAACUGUUCUCUGCUCUUUUAGGUCUGCCUCUGUAUUACAGAGCGGGGAAACUAACAUUCUUGAUUCUCUUUGGGAUUUUGACUCAUGCAGCAUUAAUCUAGAUUAGUGGAGAUAGAUCUGCUUACAAGAGUGGCAAUAUGGGGUCUGAUGAGGCCUACAACUUUGUUUUCAAAGUGGUUCUUAUUGGAGAAUCUGGUGUUGGCAAGAGCAACUUGCUGUCACGGUUCACCAAGAAUGAAUUUAGUCAUGACAGCCGGACGACCAUCGGAGUGGAGUUCAGCACAAGAACUGUCAACCUAAAUGGUCUCACCAUCAAAGCUCAGAUCUGGGACACUGCCGGACUGGAGCGGUACCGGGCCAUCACUUCUGCAUAUUAUCGAGGAGCAGUUGGAGCCCUACUUAUCUACGACAUUUCAAAGCACUUGACGUAUGAAAGUGCCGAGCGCUGGUUGAAGGAACUCUACGAUCACGCAGAUGCUCAUAUCGUAGUGAUGCUUGUGGGCAAUAAAUCGGACCUGGAAGCAGUACGGUCGGUUCCAACAGAGGACGCAAGGGACUUUGCAGAAAAGAAUGGUCUACUGUUUAUGGAAACCUCAGCUUUGGAGUCAGUAAAUGUUGAGGCAGCAUUCAACACUGUGCUUUCAGAAAUCCAUAAAAAGGUGAGUAGCAAAGAAGUGACCCGAGGCUCUAUCAAUGCUGUGACGUUGUCCCAACCUAAUGCCCCAGCAGAAGACACACAGGAGAAGAAGGCCUGCUGCAAGAACAUGUGAAAGAACCACAUUCUGGAUGUUCAGAGGCUCUUCACAAGGGUCAUAAUGGAGUUGUGAAUUCAGCUUGUACUGCAGUAGAGAUAUUAUUAAGAAAGAACCAUGGUAAAAAGCUAAAGGAAAUCAAUUUCAUUGACUGACAUAGCCAUAUUUGUAUUCCUAAUAUUAGACAUUUUGAUAUGUCAAGUUUUACAAUAAUUCAUGUUAAUUUUACAUCAUAUUAAAAUGUCUUAAUUAAAAAAAUAUUUCCCCUAUAUAUGUUUCCUCUUAGUAUAGGAUAUUUUUGUUUGUAUUAUUUUAGAAAUAUCAAGCCAAACUUUUUUUUUUGACUUGCAUUAGAUGCUUUUAUCCAAGGUGACAAAUGAGGAAUACAACCAGCAUUUCGUCAUACUAAACUUGUUGAUAUCAAUACUGGAGAAAUAACUUUAUCACUUUCCGUUUACACUUUUUUUUCAUAUUAGUUUUUAAUUUGAUUAAUUUAACACGCCUAAUGAAGAUAAAAAACAUAACUUAUUUCCAUUAUUUAAGACUGGUCAGCACUAAAUCAAUAUUUUAUGCUAUUAAAAAAUAUAUAAAAUAUGUAUAUAGCCUAAGCAAAGUGCUGAUUUUUAUCUUCAUUAUUUGUAAUGAAUGCUUGACAUUUUAGCAUAUUGUUAUCAUCAUUAUGAUAGUAUGAUCACUGAUUGUGAUGUUAUCAAUUGCUGUUGUUGAAGCUAAAAAGAAAAUAUAUCCAGUAUGUAAUUUUCCAAUAAUAAUUAAAGCAG